AUGCUAGCAAACUGUGAAGAUAAAUCCUGUAGCAGUAGUAGUGACGACGAUGAGGCCAGAAGACUUCAAGAGGCUGUGAUAGGCCUUGAGCAUGUUCCCAAGCCAUAUCCUAAUGGGAGUAGUCAUUCAAAGUCUGAUAAUAUUAAUUUUAACAAGAAAACAUCAAAGAGAAAUAAUUUAAAGACUGAUGAUACUAAAAGUAAUGAGUUGAAUACAACACCAGAAUUUAGAUUUUUUAUAGCUAAAAAGCUUGGAUCAUAUUUAGACAGUAUCACAGAAUUUCCAGAAGAUGAAAAUAUUAAGAAGGAUGCCAAAAUACCAAAACAAGAUGGUUUUCGAUUAUUUUCGGCGUCCUAUGGGGACUGGUUGACAGAAGAUGAGGUAGAGAAAAGAUCAAGUGUCAAACGCAAAAAGAAAAGGAAAAGCAGCUCAAGUGAAAGUGGAGAAGAUGAAAGACUGAUGGAAGCUGUUAUACCUGAUGACUUUCUGAAAGACAUUGUAAAUAGUGUUUCUGAUCAUCCAUCAUCUCAAAAGGAUAAUAUUGAUAAACAUGGUGAAUUGCCCAGUGAAGAGACUGAUCAGUGCAAGAAUAAAAAACAUAAGAAAUGUAAACAUAAAACUAAAGACAAAGAAGACUCUUCUGUUUCACAUGAUUCACAGCAAGAUCUCAUUGAAAAGAGAAAACAUAAGGAAAAGAAGAAAAAACACAAAAGUUGCUCUGAAUAAACUAAUACUAUGAACUUUGUU